UUAGAAUGUUCAUUCAGGAUUUGGAAAUUGUUGAUGAAGAAAUUUGGAAAUUUUGAAGUUUUGAUUCACCAGCACUUGGGGGAUGAUGCAGAGUCGGACACGGUGAUCGAGAUGACAGAAAAUAGAGGGCACAUGGAAGAUAAAGAGAGACCUUCCCACAAUACAGCACAGCCUUUCACACGUGCCAGUAAUGUAACUGAAAAUGCAGGGUCAACAGCCCUUGCUCAUGCUACGUUCCGCCAUGCUGUUGUGCGGUCACUCACGGGGCAGAAACCCAGAGGUGUGCCCAAGAAAACCAUGGCAGAUGUUGUACAGACAGCCAUCACUCAGGAGAAGCGCAAGCAGGAGGGCAAGGCUCCAGAAGGUGAUUUGCUGGGAAAGUUUACUUUCUCCUCUGAUCGCUAUGCUGUGCUGGAAAGUGCUGGGUUCCUUGAAGUGGACAUCCUCUUCCACAGAAAUAUUCCGACUUGGCUAUCCUAUCACAAAGAUAGACCUGAGGAAAGGAAGAUGGAUUCAGAGCAAGCUGGAGCAGCAAAUGCUGCAACAUCCAAAAAUGUUCCUAAUGGGAAUGCAGGGUUAGGAAACGGGAAAGUGCUUCCAAACUUGGACGCCGUACCUGGAAUUGUGAGCAUCGAGUAUGAAACACGGGAGGCCUCGGCAAGGGCUGGAAAAGACUUCAGAUUCAUCGGUGACUCUCUGGUUUUUAAAGAGUCAGAGUACAAGAAGACAAUAUCAGUCCCCAUCAUAAAUGACAACCAGUUUGAAAAUGAUGUGACAUUCUACAUCGUCUUGAAAAACCCAACCGGAGGAGCAGGCAUUGGUGACCCAAGUGUUGCCACAGUCACGAUUGUGGAUGAUGAUGAACCUGGGGAAUUUCAGUUUGAACAGGAUCACUGUAUGGCUGACCUAAGUGCAGGAAAACUCAAUACCAAAGUCACCCGAGAGCAUGGUUUUGAUGGCAAUGUCAAAAUAGAGUACCAUACAAUAGAUGGGACAGCUACUGGAGGGGAAAACCUCGCUAAGAAUUGUGAUUAUGUGCACCAGAAAGGCUUCCUCGAGUUCUGUCAUGCUGAAACUUCAAAAGUCUUAUCCAUUGAUAUCAACAAAAAUGCCAAACUGAUUGAUAUUAACAACAAAGACUAUCAAGGACCAAAAAACUUCAUCAUCGUUCUGAAGAACCCGAGCCUUGGUGCCAAAAUUGGCACCCGAAGUGCAAUUGUUUGUAACAUAACGAAAGAUGAGCUUGGAGACAGGUUGGCUGAUGUUGUCUCUGAGGCAGAAGAAGAAACAACCUGGAGGGGACAGUUUGUGAGUGCUAUGACCGUUGGAGGUGGUUCAGAUGAUGAUGGUAAUGACACAGACCCUACAUGGUUUGACUACUUCAUGCAUUUUCUGACCUUCUUCUGGAAGCUCAUGGGAGCAUGUGUACCACCUACAAAGUACUUUGGUGCCUGGCCAACCUUUUGUUUAUCUCUGUUGUACAUCGGGCUGUUAGUGAUAGUUGUAGAACAGUUGGGUCAUUUAAUUGGUUGCGUCAUAGGCCUACCAACAAGUAUAACUGGCAUCACAAUAAUUGCUCUUGGAACCAGUUUACCGGACACCUUUGCUAGUCGUUCUGCUGCUCAACAGGAUGAGAAUGCUGACGCAGCGGUUGGCAAUGUCACUGGGAGCAACUGUGUGAACGUGUUUCUUGGUUUGGGCAUUCCAUGGGUGAUGAGCACGAUGUACCAUUUAGCUAAGGGCACCGAGUUUAGGGUGCAGUCCGAUAACCUUACACAGAGCGUUAUCGUCUUCAGUACUGUUGGUGCUAUCUGCAUUAUUGUGCUGCUGCUCAGAAGAAAGUUUGUUGGAGGUGAACUUGGCGGCAAGAACCCAUUCGUUCGCUGGGGAACUAGUAUUUUCUUGUUUCUGUUGUGGGUUUUGUAUAUCAUAAUUGUAAGCCUUAAAGCCACUGACAGACUUAAGUGGGAAGUAUAAAACAUCUGAUAAUUUAUAAAGCAGGGUGUGGACUGUUGCAUGACUUAGUGCACUGUAAGAUGUUUUUGUCAAUUUGGGUAUGGAUGAAACUGUAGAGCUCGUUUUGGACGAUCAAGUCAGCCAUUUUGUGAUGGAGGCCUGGUGGUUUACAUUCACAUGCCUUUACCUGAAUGAUGUGCUUUUCUUGAUAGAAUCGCAGUUAGAACAUACUUGUGAUCAUACUAAUCAAGCAGAUACCUAUUGUAGAUCUUUUAGAAUAAUUUAGACAAAAACAAAUGGUGAGUUUGAGUUUAUGUUUGUGUAGAUGAUGUACUUUAUUUAAUGGAAGGACGAUUGUUUAUUUUUUAAGUUUGAAUUGUUUUCCUUUUUACUCAAAAUAUUGUGUUUUGCAUUUACGUUAUAUUCAGUUGUUAUUUUGCUCAAUUCUAAGUUUCCCAUUUACUUUAUUUCAUAAACAUGGGCGAAAUUAAAGAUUCUAGGAUGUCUAUUAGUUUGGUUUGAAAAAGUAAAACUAUAUUUACACAGCAAAGUAUAAUUGUGUAUAAAUGACAUGUAUAGGAAAUAACCAUGUUCAUAUGAAAAUGUAUGCACAAUAUUUGAAAACGUUUUACAUUUACAACAUUACAUUUUCCGAGCAAUAGAUGGGUAAAACUUCUAUGCUAUAAUUAUCUAAAUAAUACAAGGUCGUCCAGAAUUACUAUGCAAAAACAUGAACAUUGUUUAUCUUUUGUUGUUGUAUUAACUGAAGAACAUUGUUUCUCUUGGUAUUCAACUUAAGCAUUACUGUUAAUGGCACUACAUACUUUUUGGGUCGGUUCUUUUGUUUUCGUGAUUAAACUGACUUAUGGCUGCAAACGUCAUAAGUCUUACUUAAAUGGGUGUUCGUAUGAGUGAACAUCUUUUAUCAGUAUUAGGAGGAAGUGCUUGUUUCAAGGAACUACAGAAGUUCUGAAAAUUUCCGUUAUGUUUUGUGCUAGAUACUGAAUAUAACAUUUGUGAAUUCCUCUACCUUAUCUCGCCUGUUUGUGUACUAGACAUAUUAGUUGCAUUUGUAGUGCUAACUUUUUGAUCCGGAGGCUUUCUGUCUCCAGCAAAACCAUCUGUGAUACUGUUGUUUGUUAUUGUUAUGUACCUGUUUUUUGUAGUUGGUUGAUAAAUUGUCAUCAACUUUACUUCAAAGUAUUGAAUAAGCAUGUCGAAACCUGAAGAGGAAUAUAUUUGCUCUUAUAAGACGAGGUUCAAAACAUCGACAUGAAUCCUAACUUUUCUAGUUAUAGAGUAAAUUAAUCGUGAUUACACAACUCUCAACAUUUCAUAUAUUUUUUGCAGUAAUUUGGUAGUAAUUUGAGUGGUUGUUUCCUUUGUCCUUAUAUUAAACAAUAGUGGAAUUUUCUGACAAAUAAACAGAGCAGUAAUUUCUUUUUCAUGUUUUUGUUGUUGAUUUUAUCAACUGUCUCAACCAAAAUAUCAUUUGAGUUGUGAUAUCAUAUCUUGUUUUAUUUGAAUUGUUUUUGAAUUAUUGAUAUCAAAUUUUGAUAAUUUGUAUUUGUCAAUAAAGCAAUUUCAUGACUGUUA